AUGUGGCCGCCGCGCGCGCUAUGCGUCGCCGUGCGGGUCGCGCUCGCGCGCGACGGCGAGACACCAUUGCGCGCGCUGCGCGAGGGCGGCGACGUGUGCGCCCUCGACAGCGUCUCCGGGCUCUACCGCGACGGCGACGGCGGCGGCGUCUGCGCAACCGUGGAUUAUUUGACCAGCCAAUGUGCCCAAGCGAUGGACGUCGCGAGCGCGGACAUGUGCGAGUGCGGCGGCAUGGGGUGCCCGUCCUGCGGCAACGGCCUGAUGCUCGCCGCAACAGAUCAGCCGAUGCACCCGCAGCAGAUGCGCCCGCAGCAGAUGAUGAACCCGCAGCAGAUGAUGAACCCGCAGCAGAUGAUGAACCCGCAGCAGAUGAUGAACCCGAAGGACGUGCACCCGGAGCAGAUGCACCCGGAGCAGAUGCACCCGGAGCAGAUGCACACGGAGGAGCAGCAGCAGCAGCAGCAGCAGCAGCAGCAGCGGCUGCAGCAACAGCAGCAGCAGCAGAUGAUGAUGCACCAGCAGAAGCAGGGUAAAAUGAGAGCCGUCUAUGCCAUGAAGAGUGAACACAAGAGCAAACUCAAGCAAGCGGAAGAGGUGAACGACCUCAUUGUAAAAUGA